AUGGCUGAAAACAAAAAUUUAGAAGAGCUCUUCAAGGAUAGAUAUUCAGAGAAAGAUGAACGAUAUAAGACAAUGGCAGACACAGGAUUCGAGAAAGUGAUUGUGGUUCAUCCAUGGGAUCCCAGAAGGAACAAUAACUACAGAAACCGAGGUGGAUUCAAUUCUGGCGGUGGACGCGGAGAUGGUGGUGGUGGAUAUAGAAAUCAGAAUCGAGGAGGAUGGGCUCCACGUGGUGGUGGAUAUCGUGGGAGAGGAGGUGGAUGGCAAGAUCGAGGAGGUCAACGACAACCAUGGAGGGGAGGAGGUAAUAUAUGUAUUUCAAAAAUGAAGAGUAAAUAA